AUGGAGUUCGACCACCGUCCCCUUCUACAAUAUGUCAUGGCGUCAAAGACCAUUAGUGAACGAUCACUAGCAAAGUUCUUCAAGGCAAUGACCAGCAACAAUAACAACGACGACGACUACGACUACGAUCUUCUCGAACACACCAUUGGCCAAAUCAACGUGAUGAUGCUCCCGAUGAACUACGAAAUAAAACGACACAAGGACCGGAAUAAUCUAGAGGACCGGAACAUCUACUAUUCGUUUGUCAAUUUGGUCGAGGACCAGCCGUCAAAGUUGAACACCGAGUACAGUGCCGAAGAUAUCAAAGUGAUAACCACAGUAAUCCAACAGUGCACCGAUGACAAUAAUAAUAAUAUCAGCAGUAGCGAGGCCCUCAAUCUAUACCAUGAAAUCACCGGCAAGCUGAUGGUGGCUGGUCAGCAACUCUUUAAGAGCAUGGUGAGUAACGGGUGGCUCGUUGACGACAGAGGAAAGUAUUCGUUAGGGUUGCGGUUGGUAGCUGAAUUGGAUUGA